AUGACCACCGUCUGCCCAAGUCCGGAUUCCCCACCCGAGUUAUCCGGGUCCAAGUCCUCCAAGUCGUCCUCCUUCCAUUCCUCCUCGCAGAUCGAUGGGCCCGAUAGCAUUUUCACGGAUGUCGGGAACUUCGAAGACAUUGGUCUUGAAGAUGACGCGGAACUCUCGAUUGUCGACCAGGCAACCCCUUAUAGCCGUGGCCUGACAGCCCGGUCGCCCGCCGCCAGAUUGCCAAACAGCCUGCCUAGCAAGAGCCCUGCCGCUACGACGCGAGACUUGACUGCGACCCAGAAACCACGGAAACGAAGUCCCUUGCCUCCGAUCACCAGCCGGCUCAAUGGUUCGACCCGAACCCCGCAGUCCAUGGGAUCUCUGUCGGCACGGUCCGGCAAUAGGAGAGAUUCGGGGAGUACGCUGAAUUCGGGUGGUCUGACACCUUCACAGCCUCGCCGGUCACGGUCAAUUUCGCCGCUGCGGCCAACUUCCAGCCGGUCCGCCUCGAGCACCAGUCUGGCCCUAUCCCCGCUCUCUGCGCGGGUCCCCGUACAGAAGCAAACUUGGCAACCGCAUCGCAAGUCCCUGAAAGAUCUGGAGGAAGAGUACCAUGACUCAGAUGAUGAGCUACCCGACGAUGCCAGUCUGUGGAACAUCCCGAUUUCCCCACGCCCCGUCCAAGAUCGCCCUCAGUCGCGUGCCGCAAGCCCGAAUGGUCGCAGUCCAGGCCCUCGACCAUUGCCGAUCUCGCACACCACGUCCGAAACCUCGGUGGCGCACCCACACUCGUCACAAUCGGCCUCUCGAGCGGCGCGCAUGAAACGAACACAGCGGUCCAGUUCUGCAGGUCCUGAACGAGGCCAAAUUUCCCCCCGCAACCCCCGCGCCUAUUCGUACAACAGCUAUCUGUCCGAUCUCUCGGAAGAAGCAAGGAUUAUCACCGAGGCGCUGGAACACCACGCGGAUGAGAGCGACCGCAAGCACGAAGAUGCCGUACAAAAUGGACGAUCCUCGCGCAGGUCGAGCUCUGAUUCUCCACGAGCAUCGGAUGCAAUUGAGCUGCCGCCCUUGCAGAAGUCCAACAUCAUGAUCGACCCGCUACCUAUUAGCAAAGAGAAGGAGAAGGUUCUGACGCGGACGCGCCCCAGCUGGCUGCCGCCCAAGGAUCAGAAGGAAGAGAAGAAGCAUUUGAGGGAGUAUAAACAAAUGAUGGCGCAGUCGAAAGAAGCGGAGAGGCGGAAGGCUGCUCGAGCAGCUUCCGACCAGUGCGAGAAAGACAAUACCCGCGAAGCGCUCCAGAACAUCUGGGAUGAUUAUGUGCACCCCAACUGGGACUGUGCGCUGCAGGAGCCUCGAAUCCGCGAACUCUGGUGGCGCGGAAUCCCACCUCGCAGCCGUGGAACUAUGUGGAAGCGUGCCAUUGGCAACGAGCUUUCGCUCAGCGAGGAGACGUUUACCAAAGCAUUGCAAAGAGCCAAGGAUCUGCGGUCCAAAAACAACGCGGAGCCCGGAGAUAACCACAAGCGCAUGCUGGAGUGCUUCGACGCCAUCGAAGCAGACGUGUCGAAGGCGUUCCCUGACUUGAACCUGUUCCAGGAGGGCGGGCCAUUACGGGAUACACUUAUCGAUUUGUUGCAAGCAUACUGCAUGUACCGCAGCGACGUGGGCUAUAUCCAUGGCCUGCAUUCCAUCGCUGCGCUCCUCCUUCUUCAGUUCCCCACUCCCAGCUCCGCGUUCCUCGCUAUGGCCAACGCUCUUAAUCGCCCUCUCCCCGUUGCUUUCCUCACCUGGGACCGUGGUGCCAUGGCCCGUACAUAUUCACUGGCCUCCGAAACGCUCGGCUACAAAUUCUCGAGCCUUUCAACCCAUCUCCGCGAGAACCUCAAGCUUUCCGAGGAGGAAAUAUGGGAGCCCAUCUUCCGCUCACUCCUCACGAACGGCCUCGAUCUCGAGCGCAUCUCCCGCGUGUGGGAUUGCUGGGUCUUCGAAGGCGACCGCAUCAUAAUUCGCUCCGCAGUCGCAAUCCUCGGCUGUCUCCAGGCACAACUAAUGUCCUUCAACCAGUCUGAUGACCAGUCCCGACUUGCUGUGCGCAACAUUCUGGGCUGGGGCCCUCACCAUACUGGCGCGAACACCCAAAAGCCCAAGGACCGCCACAGUGUGCCUACGGCAGCCGGGUUCGGUGGCCAGGUCGCAAACCCCGGCGUGGCCGAUUAUUGGAUCCUGACCGCUGCUGGCAACGAAGACGGGUUCAUGGCUGCUGUGCGGGAGGCGGGUAAAGUGCGGCAGCAAUAG